AUGAAGUUCUUUAUCGACAACCUACCUAUUGUCUUCCCUUAUGACCGAAUUUACCCUGAACAAUAUGCAUACAUGUGUGAUCUCAAAAGAACCCUGGAUGCAACGGGGCAUUGCAUUUUGGAAAUGCCUUCAGGAACAGGGAAGACCCUCUCACUGCUGUCUCUAAUUGUAUCAUAUCAGCAGUUUUACCCUAUGAAACAGAAACUUAUCUAUUGCUCCCGGACAGUUCCAGAGAUCGAGAAAGCAUUGGCUGAGCUGAAGCGUCUCAUGGCGUACCGGAUCAAGUUUAUGGAGACUCCUGAACAAGAAGCAAAAGAAGCAAGUUUCAUGAGACUCAGACUCACGAGUAGGAAGAACCUCUGCAUACACCCAGACGUCUCAAAGGAGAAGAAGGGCAAGGUAGUCGACGCCCGUUGUCGAGACCUCACUAACUCUGCUGCAUGCGAGAAAGGUCGCACAGAUCCAGGUUCAGUCGAAUUGUGCGAUUGGCACGAGGUGAAACCUGGCUCUUUAAUACCCCCUGGCAUAUGGACUCUAGCCGACGUUCUUCAGCACGGGCGUGAAAACACGACAUGUCCAUACUUCACGGUUCGGCGAGUGAUGCCAUUCGUGGAUGUUAUCAUCUACUCAUUCCACUAUCUGCUUGAUCCCAAAGUUGCCAAACAAGUUUCCAAAGAACUCUCAAAAGACGCCAUCGUCGUUUUUGAUGAAGCUCACAAUAUCGACAAUGUGUGCAUCGAGUCAUUGAGCAUUGACUUGACCCGACCGAUGUUAGAUUCAGCUGCACGCAGUGUUGUGAAAUUGGGUGAAAAAAUAGACGAGAUCAAGAAAACGGACGCGGCCAAACUACAGGACGAGUAUGCGAGACUUGUCGAGGGGCUACAGGAAUCAGCAGCAGAAGCUUCUGAGGAAGACGCAUUCAUGGCCAACCCAGUUUUGCCAGACGACCUCCUAAAAGAAGCUGUUCCAGGAAACAUCAGGAAGGCCGAACAUUUUGUGGCAUUUUUGAAGCGAUUCAUGGAAUAUCUUAAGACCAGCAUGCACGUUUUGCAUGUCGUUGCGGAAACGCCAUUGUCGUUUCUACAGCACUUGAAAGAUAUAACUUACAUUGAGCGGCGACCACUGCGGUUUUGUGCAGAGCGACUACAGUCGAUGAUCCAUACAUUGGAGCUGAAUCGGCUAGAUAAGUACUCAGCAUUGCAGAAGGUCGCAAGUUUUGCAACCCUUGUUGCAACUUACGAAAAGGGGUUUCUUCUUAUUCUUGAACCAUUCGAAACCGAUAACGCGACCGUUACUAAUCCCAUCUUCCACUUCACAUGCCUGGACCCGUCGCUCGCAAUCAAACCUGUAUUCGAGCAUUUCAGCAGCGUUGUAAUCACUUCAGGGACCAUCUCCCCGUUGGACAUGUAUCCAAAGAUGCUGCAAUUCACUCCCGUCGUGCAAGAAACAUAUCCUAUGACACUCACACGCAAUGCUUUCUUACCUUCAUGUUUCGAAGUCAGAAACGACCCUGCCAUAGUUCGCAACUUUGGAAGUAUUCUCAUCGAGUACAGCAAGAUCGUACCGGACGGCAUUGUGGCUUUCUUCCCUAGUUAUCUUUACAUGGAGUCCAUCGUUGCAGCUUGGAAUGAUAUGGGUAUUCUCAACAAGGUCUGGAAGAACAAGUUAAUAUUUGCUUGCGAUAAUGGUCGAGGAGCUGUUCUUCUGUCGGUUGCGCAUGGAAAAGUGUCAGAGGGUAUCAAUUUUGAUCACAACUAUGGGAGAGCUGUGAUCAUGUUUGGGGUCCCAUAUCAAUACACGGAGAGCCGGAUAUUAAAAGCACGGUUGGAGUAUUUGCGUGAUGCAUACCGCAUAAGAGAAUCCGAAUUUCUUGGUUUUGAUUAG